AUGUCCGAGUUUCUCCUCGCCUUACUCACGCUCUCGGGAUUAUUGCCUGUCGCCAAGGUGCUGACCGUGGGCGCUGACCGAGAUCAGCAGUUGUGUGAUCCUGGUGAAUUUCUUUGCCACGAUCACGUGACUUGUGUCUCCCAGAGCUGGCUGUGUGAUGGGGACCCUGACUGCCCUGAUGAUUCUGACGAGUCUUUAGAUACCUGUCCUGAGGAGGUAGAAAUCAAGUGCCCCUUCAAUCAUAUUGCUUGCCUUGGUACCAAAAGAUGUGUUCAUCUAUCUCAAUUGUGCAAUGGUGUCUUGGACUGCUCAGAUGGGUCUGAUGAAGGAGUACAUUGCCAGGAAUUGCUACCCAGUUGCCAGCAGUUGAAUUGUCAGUAUAAAUGUGCCAUGGUCAGAAACAGUUCAAGAUGUUAUUGUGAGGAUGGAUUUGAAAUAAAAGAAGAUAGGAGAAGCUGUAAAGAUCAAGAUGAAUGUGCCAUUUAUGGAACAUGCAGCCAGACCUGUGUCAACACCCAUGGGUCCUUUGCAUGCAGUUGUGUGGAAGGCUACCUCCUGCAGCCAGACAACAGGUCCUGCAAGGCCAAAAAUGAGCCUACAGACAGGCCACCUCUGCUAUUAAUUGCAAAUUUUGAAACAAUUGAGAUGUUUUAUCUUAAUGGAAGUAAAAUGGUAACAGUGAACUCAGUCAAUGGAAAUGAAAUUCAUACUCUGGAUUUUAUUUAUAAUGAAGAUAUGAUUUGUUGGAUUGAAUCAAGAGAAUCUUCAAAUCAACUCAAAUGUAUUCAGAUAACAAAAGCAGGAAGAUUAACAGAUGAAUGGACAAUAAAUAUUCUUCAAUCCUUCCACAAUGUGCAACAAAUGGCGAUUGACUGGCUCACCAGAAAUCUCUAUUUUGUGGACCAUGUCAGUGAUCGGAUCUUUGUUUGUAAUUACAACGGGUCUAUAUGUGUCACCCUGAUUGAUCUGGAGCUUCAUAAUCCUAAGGCGAUAGCGGUAGAUCCAAUAGCAGGAAAACUUUUCUUUACUGACUACGGGAAUGUCGCCAAAGUGGAGCGAUGUGACAUGGAUGGGAUGAACAGAACAAGGAUAAUUGAUUCAAAGACGGAGCAGCCAGCUGCACUGGCACUAGACCUCGUCAACAAACUGGUUUACUGGGUGGAUCUUUACUUGGACUAUGUGGGAGUAGUGGACUACCAAGGACAAAACAGACAUACCGUCCUUCAAGGCAGACAAAUCAGACAUCUCUACGGUAUAACUGUGUUUGAAGACUAUUUGUAUGCAACCAAUUCUGAUAAUUUCAAUAUCAUAAGGAUAAACCGAUUUAAUGGCACUGAUGUUCAUUCAUUAAUUAAAAUGGAAAAUGCUCGAGGAAUUCGAAUUUAUCAAAAAAGAACUCAACCAACAGUCAGAAGCCACGCCUGCGAACUGGAUGCCUAUGGAAUGCCAGGGGGAUGCUCACACAUCUGUCUUCUCAGCAGCAGUUACAAAACACGGACCUGUCGCUGCAGGACUGGCUUCAACUUGGGAAGCGAUGGCAGAUCAUGCAAAAAUCUGGAUAAUGUGGAGGGAAUUGCUGUGGACUGGAUUGGAAAUAACCUUUACUGGACGAAUGAUGGCCAGAGGAAAACCAUUAACGUGGCGAGACUGGAAAAGGCUUCUCAGAGUCGGAAGACUCUGUUAGAGGGAGAAAUGUCUCAUCCCAGAGGGAUUGUGGUGGAUCCAGUCAAUGGUUGGAUGUAUUGGACAGACUGGGAAGAAGAUGAAAUAGAUGACAGCGUGGGAAGGAUUGAGAAGGCCUGGAUGGAUGGCUUCAGUCGGCAGAUUUUUGUGACUUCAAAGAUGCUGUGGCCAAACGGUUUAACUCUGGACUUUCACACCAACACAUUAUACUGGUGUGAUGCCUAUUAUGAUCAUAUUGAAAAAGUGUUUUUGAAUGGAACUCACAGGAAGAUUGUUUACAGUGGGAAAGAAUUGAACCAUCCUUUUGGACUGUCGCAUCAUGGGAAUUAUGUGUUCUGGACUGAUUAUAUGAAUGGUUCCAUUUUUCAACUAGAUUUGAUAACGAGUGAGGUGACAUUAUUGAGGCAUGAAAGACCACCCCUGUUUGGGCUUCAGAUUUAUGAUCCACGAAAACAACAAGGUGACAAUAUGUGCAGAGUAAAUAAUGGAGGCUGUAGUACACUUUGCCUGGCCAUUCCAGGAGGCCGGGUGUGCGCUUGUGCUGAUAAUCAACUUUUGGAUGACAAUGGUACAGCAUGUAGUUUUAAUCCUGGAGACGUAUUACCUCACUUAUGUAAAGCUGGAGAAUUCCGCUGCAGAAACAGACACUGUAUCCAAGCUCGGUGGAAAUGUGAUGGUGAUGAUGACUGCCUAGACGGAAGUGAUGAGGACACAGUAAAUUGCUUCAAUCAUAGCUGUCCUGAUGAUCAGUUUAAAUGCCAGAAUAAUCGCUGCAUCCCCAAAAGAUGGCUUUGUGAUGGAGCUAAUGACUGUGGGAGCAAUGAAGAUGAAUCAAAUCAAACUUGCACAGCCAGAACAUGCCAGGUGGACCAGUUUUCUUGUGGAAAUGGGCGUUGCGUUCCGAGAGCAUGGCUGUGCGACAGGGAAGAUGACUGUGGUGACCAGACAGAUGAAAUGGCAUCUUGUGAUGACGACUGUGGGGACGGGAGUGAUGAGGAGGGCUGUGUUCACUCUUGCUCUGGUAAUCAGUUCAGAUGUUCCAGUGGCAGAUGCAUCCCUGGCCAUUGGGCCUGUGAUGGUGACAAUGACUGUGGAGACUUCAGUGACGAAACCCAAAUCAAUUGUACCAAAGAAGAGAUUCGUUCUCCGGCUGGGUGUAAUGGGAAUGAAUUUCAAUGCCACCCUGAUGGAAAUUGCAUUCCUGAUCUGUGGCGCUGUGAUGGAGAGAAAGAUUGUGAAGAUGGUAGUGAUGAAAAAGGCUGCAAUGGUACCAUACGAUUGUGUGAUCACAAAACUAAGUUUUCCUGUUGGAGUACAGGGAGAUGCAUCAACAGAGCAUGGGUAUGUGAUGGAGAUAUUGAUUGUGAAGAUCAAUCAGAUGAAGAUGACUGUGACAGUUUCUUGUGUGGACCACCCAAGUACCCUUGUGCUAAUGAUACUUCAGUCUGCCUGCAGCCAGAGAAACUCUGCAAUGGACAAAGGGAUUGUCCUGAUGGGUCUGAUGAAGGCGAUCUUUGUGAUGAAUGUUCUUUGAACAAUGGAGGCUGUAGUAACCACUGUUCUGUUGUUCCUGGAAGAGGAAUUGUAUGUUCCUGCCCUGAAGGACUUCAACUCAACAAAGACAAUAAAACGUGUGAAAUCGUGGAUUACUGUAGCAAUCACCUCAAGUGCAGUCAAGUGUGUGAGCAGCAGAAGCACACAGUCAAGUGCUCCUGUUAUGAAGGGUGGAAGCUGGAUGGAGACGGUGAAAGUUGCACGAGUGUUGAUCCUUUUGAAGCAUUUCUCAUCUUUUCCAUUCGUCAUGAGAUCAGAAGGAUUGAUCUUCAUAAGAGAGACUACAGUCUGCUGGUUCCUGGAUUGAGAAACACAAUAGCACUUGAUUUUCACUUCAAUCAAAGUUUGCUUUAUUGGACAGAUGUUGUAGAAGACAGAAUAUACCGAGGCAAGCUUUCUGAAAGUGGAGGUGUCAGUGCAAUUGAAGUGGUUGUGGAGCAUGGCCUGGCAACCCCAGAAGGGCUCACAGUCGACUGGAUAGCAGGCAACAUAUACUGGAUAGACAGCAAUCUGGACCAAAUAGAAGUGGCCAAACUGGAUGGUUCUCUAAGAGCUACACUAAUUGCAGGAGCCAUGGAACACCCCAGGGCCAUUGCUUUGGACCCAAGAUACGGAAUUCUUUUCUGGACAGACUGGGAUGCCAAUUUUCCUCGUAUCGAAUCUGCCUCUAUGAGUGGUGCUGGAAGAAAAACCAUUUACAAAGACAUGAAAACCGGAGCUUGGCCUAAUGGACUGACUGUGGACCACUUUGAGAAAAGGAUUGUUUGGACAGAUGCCAGGUCUGAUGCCAUUUAUUCAGCCCUCUAUGAUGGAACAAACAUGAUAGAAAUCAUUCGUGGUCACGAAUACCUUUCUCAUCCCUUUGCUGUGUCUCUGUAUGGAAGUGAGGUUUAUUGGACAGACUGGAGGACCAAUACCUUGUCCAAAGCCAAUAAGUGGACAGGACAGAAUGUCAGUGUGAUUCAGAAAACCAGCGCACAGCCAUUUGACCUUCAGAUAUACCAUCCCAGUCGUCAGCCACAGGCUCCCAAUCCUUGUGCGGCUAAUGACGGCAAAGGCCCCUGCUCUCACAUGUGUCUGAUCAAUCAUAACAGGAGCGCUGCUUGUGCGUGCCCCCACUUGAUGAAGCUUUCCUCAGACAAGAAGACCUGCUAUGAAAUGAAAAAAUUUCUUCUUUAUGCAAGGCGAUCAGAAAUACGAGGAGUGGAUAUUGACAAUCCAUAUUUUAACUUUAUCACGGCAUUUACCGUCCCUGAUAUUGACGACGUUACUGUGAUAGACUUUGACGCCUCUGAGGAACGUUUGUACUGGACGGAUAUUAAAACACAAACCAUUAAACGGGCUUUUAUUAAUGGAACUGGCUUAGAAACUGUUAUUUCAAGAGAUAUUCAGAGUAUCAGAGGGCUAGCGGUGGAUUGGGUCUCACGUAAUUUAUACUGGAUUAGCUCAGAAUUUGAUGAAACACAAAUUAAUGUGGCAAGAUUAGAUGGCUCUUUGAAAACUUCAAUUAUCCAUGGAAUUGUGUCAACUCAGCAAGUAGGUCUACAUGUAAUAUUUUUAAUCCAUAUUUCUUUUGAAUUAAGGAAACUCUACUGGACAGAUGGAAACACAAUCAAUAUGGCAAAUAUGGAUGGUAGUAAUAGCAAGAUUCUCUUUCAGAAUCAGAAAGAACCAGUUGGAUUAUCGAUAGACUAUGUGGAAAACAAGCUUUAUUGGAUCAGUUCGGGAAAUGGAACCAUAAAUAGAUGCAACCUGGAUGGUGGCAAUUUAGAAGUAAUAGAGUCAAUGAAAGAAGAAUUAACAAAAGCUACGGCCCUAACCAUCAUGGAAAAUGAUACCAUCUACUGGACAGACAUGGGCUUCAAUAAAAUUAGCCGAGCUAAAAGAGAUCAAUUUUUUUCUCACAAUUGUAUUAUGAAUACUCUUAUAUUUCUCCUAGGUAACAUAUAUUGGACAGAUCAUGGUUUCAAUCUAAUCGAAGUUGCGAGACUCAAUGGUUCUUUCCGUUAUGUCAUUAUGUCCCAAGGCCUGGAUCAACCAAGAUCUAUAGCUGUUCACCCAGAGAAAGGCCUCUUAUUCUGGACUGAAUGGGGACAGAUACCCUGCAUUGGAAAGGCUCACUUAGAUGGCUCAGAGAAGGUUAUCCUUGUAAGCAUGGGAAUAGCAUGGCCGAAUGGCAUCUCCAUUGACUAUGAGGAAAAUAAAUUGUACUGGUGUGAUGCUCGCACAGACAAGAUAGAGAGAAUUGACCUUGAGACUGGAGGGAAUCGUGAGAUGGUGCUGUCAGGGAACAAUGUGGAUAUGUUUUCAGUUGCAGUCUUUGGGGCUUACAUCUACUGGUCUGACAGAGCACAUGCCAACGGGUCGGUCAGAAGGGGCCACAAGAAUGAUGCCACAGAAACAGUAACUAUGAGAACUGGCCUUGGAGUCAACCUGAAGGAGGUUAAAAUCUUUAACCGAGUAAGAGAGAAAGGGACCAAUGUUUGUGCAAAGGACAAUGGUGGUUGUAAGCAACUCUGUCUCUAUCGAGGAAAUUCCAGGAGAACUUGUGCUUGUGCCCAUGGAUAUUUAGCAGAGGAUGGAGUUACUUGCCUCAGGCAUGAAGGCUAUUUGCUAUAUUCAGGGAGAACAAUAUUAAAAAGUAUACAUCUUUCUGAUGAAACCAAUUUAAAUUCCCCAAUAAGGCCAUAUGAGAAUCCACGUUAUUUUAAGAAUGUCAUAGCCCUGGCUUUUGACUAUAAUCAAAGAAGAAAAGGUACCAAUCGAAUCUUUUACAGUGAUGCACAUUUUGGAAAUAUACAGCUUAUUAAAGAUAACUGGGAAGACAGACAAGUGAUUGUUGAAAACGUGGGUUCUGUGGAAGGACUUGCCUAUCACAGAGCAUGGGAUACACUAUACUGGACCAGUUCAACCACCUCUUCCAUCACGAGACACACAGUGGACCAGACUCGGCCUGGAGCUUUUGACAGAGAAGCAGUUAUAACCAUGUCAGAGGAUGACCACCCACAUGUACUAACCUUGGAUGAAUGUCAAAAUUUAAUGUUUUGGACCAACUGGAAUGAACAGCAUCCGAGUAUCAUGAGAUCUACCCUGACUGGGAAAAAUGCUCAAGUCGUGGUCAGUACAGACAUACUCACUCCAAAUGGACUCACCAUCGACCACCGUGCAGAAAAGCUGUAUUUCUCAGACGGCAGUCUAGGAAAAAUUGAAAGGUGUGAAUAUGAUGGAUCCCAGAGAUUU